AUGUUCGACUUUUUAAUAAUUCUAGUGGUGAAACCGACAGAUACAACAACAACAUUGUCGUCAACAACAACAACAACAACAGAAGCGGUUUUAUCAACGACAGAAGUGCCAUCAAACUGUUUGAAUUCAAAUUUAAUUACAUUUGAAAAUGCAUCAACAUAUUCUAAGAUUCCAAACGAUUAUUAUGGUUUAAAAUGGGCGAAUGUUUAUGUACUUGAUACACAAAUAUAUCCACAAUGGUCCGAAAGUGGCUUUUAUUCAGCUGUAAAAUCAGGCACAUGGGUGGCUUUUAAUAUGAAUGGUGAACGAAUGACAAUUCAUAUAGAUCCACCAAAUAAAUUUCAUAUUAAAUCGUUUGUUGUCUCAUCUGCAUGGAAGGAUAAUCUCACACUAUCACUGAUUUCACAACGUGCAUCCACAUAUUAUAAGGAAACAUCAUUUAAAAUAGAGAAAAAUCGUUCAACUACGAUUGAAUUAAACUGGUUUGAUAUUGACACAAUUACAUUUUAUGCAUCAAUUGAUAAUAGCCGGAAUGGAGAGGUUUUUGCUAUCGAUGAUUUAUGUUUAGAUUUAACUACGAACUUAAUAUCAACAUCAACAUCAACAUCAUCUGGAACAAUAUAUCCAUGUUCAUCAAAUGAAGUUUUAUAUCAAAAUCAUUGCUAUUAUUUGGACGGUAUAGGAGGACAAUGCUCGAAUGGUUAUAGUCUUGGAUCAGAAACAAUUUUAUCUCGUAUAGCUGAUUUAUUUAUUGGCUUAAAUUAUAAAACAACAAUUUCGGAUAACUGUUGUGUUGUAACAUCGGAGAAAUACUUAAAUUAUGGAAUUGCUAAAUUACAUCAAUGUAAUAAGCAAGGACCAUUCACAAUUGUACCCGUUCUCAAUGGUGGUGGAUGCAGAAACUAUACAAACAAACAUCCCAAACAAUUAACAUUUUGUGUUAGCAAUUGA